UCUUGCUUUCUAGCGUUUGUUUGUGCGAAACCCCAAUGGCUACGUCGAUUUCGUCGUUGCUGCCAAUGCGACAAUCGUCCAUCAUGUGUGCGAAACACAUUCAAGGAUUUCUUCAUAAGAAUAUCAAGAGAUUAGUCUUAUUGACCUCCUCCAGAUGCAAAUCCUAUCAAGCCUUUCAAACAUCUCCUCAAGAUGAACUUUUCUCACCACUCGACCCUUGUGAACUGGCUUCAAAGAAAAAGUACCGUUUAGCAGGGAUCAAAUAUCUUCCUGACUCUGACUGUAAGGAAUUCCCAGAGUUCCUAGCAAACCCUCGACAAGGUCUUCCACAAGCGUACAAGAUACAGCAUGCUGACCAGUUUUCUAUAAGUGAGUGGGCUCAACACUGCAGAAAGCUGCUCGAUGAACAGUUACCAAAGUAUGGUGUGGUGUUCUUUCGAGGACUUCCUCUGUCUAAUGAAGAACAUUUCACGUUGUUUUCAAAUGCCUUGGGUUAUACUGCCAUUGGAUACGAAGGCGGAACCACGGUAAAACCAAAUUAUGGUAAAGCCAAAAGUACGUUCAUAUCCUCUGUUGAAGACAAGGCUUACACAAUGGAACCACACAGUGACAUGACAUAUUGGCCUGUUUAUCCUUCUAAGGUAAUCUUCUACUGUGAUGUAGCACCUGAGGAGGGUACUGGGGGCCUGACACCCAUUACCAAAAUCUCUGAGGUUAUGGAACGGCUUGAUCCAAAGUUGGUCCAAAAAUGCGAAGAAAAGAAGAUUCGUUAUCAUCGGUAUCUUCAUAACGGAAAGGGAUACCUCCCUUGGCAAGUCACCUUCCGUACUGAUGAUCGUAAGGAGGUUGAAAAGUAUUUAGAAGCCAACAAACUCUCCUACAAGUGGCACGAAGACGACAGUCUUUCCUAUUGGCUCAACCUACCGGCCAUUAUACGUCAUCCAGUAACAGGAGAGAAGGUCUGGUUCAACCAAUAUGAUUCUCACCAUUGUACCUAUAUAAAACACCACUCCUCACCGAUGUUAAAAGAGCUCACUUUUGAGUCAGAUUUCCACUACCCGACCCAUACUACUUAUGGAGAUGGCACAGAUUUAGAGCCGGAAAUGCUCCAACACAUCCGGGCCAUUAAAUGGCAGUGUAGUGUGGGUGUUCAAUGGAAGAGGACGGAUAUGAUCGUCUUCGAUAAUCUGAAGGUCAUGCAUGGAAGAAUGAGCUAUACUGGAGAACGUAGAUUACUAGCCUAUAUUUGCAGGGACUAGCCGAUAGAAUGAGCAGACUAUAAGCCAGACAUGGUAGACUUAACUAUACUGGAGAACGUAGAUUACUAGCCUAUAUCUGCAGGGACUAGCCGAUAGAAUGAGCAGACUAUAAGCUACCAAAUUUCGCAUGUGUGUUUCUUGCUACAUUAGGCAGAUUAAGAUUUCCGUUUUUCCUUCCCGCAAACGGCAAACGUGACCACGUUUUCAUUGUUUCCCUACAUUUCACUUUACCUUUUGCAAACCUUCUCACCAAAGACAAGUAUUCUUUUGUUUAUCUAUUACUUGGAGAUUUUUGCGAUUCCAUUUCACUUAUUUUAAACGGAAUUUUUUAAUGGUCAGCUGCGUUUUACGUUUGCCGUAAACGGGGAUCUUAAACUUUCUAUUGUCUAGGCACGCUAUCCGACAACCGUGAACUUCAGUUUACGAGCGUACCAAUAUAAAUAGUGAUUGACAUAUUUCCAAGACGGCGUCUAUUUCGUUAUCCUAAAACAAUCCCAGAAUGCACUGUAAUGCCAACUCGACUAAGUCAUUAAUUACAGAAUUAAAUUUUCAUAUGUUUUAAUCUGAUUUGUGAAAUACUUGAGAUUUAACGCGUUCGCCGAUUGGCUGGCUACUGUGUUUAUAUCAAAGGAUAGAGACACACUCGCGCAAAAUUGUACAAAAAUACUUUGUCAAGAGCAAUAUAAAACGGAUGCUUAUGUCUG